CCUGAAGCAGCAGCGCCCGGGAGAUCGGGCGUCCGUACGGGGGCGGACCAGGGCCAAGCCCGGCCGGCGGGGAAGCUGGAGGCCUGGGGGCGGGAGCUUCUGCUCCCGGGGCGCAGGCCUGUGUGCGUGGCCUUGGGCAAGACAUUUCGCCCUUCUCGUGCAGCACACUCUGCCGCACACGCUGCUCUUGCCCCCCUGGCCCCGGACCCUUGCUCGGGGGCCCGCAGUGCCCCCCGCUCCGGAGACGUUUAGGGCAGCGCUGCCGCCAGCCUGACCGGACGCGGCCCUCCGAGUCAAACGCUGGCUCCCUGAAAAUACCGUCGAAACAGCCUGUAGCUAAGACAAAACUGAGUCCGAUGCUUCCUUCUCUUGUUCGGGGAGAGCACUGUCUGAAAGGGUAGUUAGUCGAGAGGAGGUAGAGGGGCAGAGUUGGGGUGUUGAGGUUUGGGGCCAGGCUGAAGGGGGGCUUUUGGAUGCAAGAUUUUUUAAUUAGGGUUGGGUGAGGAUCGGGUCACAUAGUUCAGGGUGUGUGGUCCCGGUGACGUGAGGAUUUCCUGAGCCUUGGAGCUUCAACUGUUGCUUAAUGCUACCUGUCAAAAGUUGGGGCGGUUUUCAGUGGAUUUUUGUGAAGUCGGAGAGUAAGGUUCUUGACACCUUUUGUUUUCCUGGGCAGGUGUUUCCUGACAUCAUACAAUAAUACAGUCAGGUUGUUUUGCCUCAGCCAUUAUGAGUCACAGCCUCCUGUUGUUUGCACCCACAGAAACCCUGUAUGUGGUUUGGUUGUGUGUAAAAUGGGGAUCAUAUUGCAGGGGGAUGGGGAGGAGCUGGGCACGCCCUGAGAAAACCAGGGUCUCAGCCUCUGGUAGCCCAGCAGGGCUUAUAAAAACGUCUGAGUCCUGAAAAACAAUCCUUAUCUCAAAUAGGAAAAGGGAGCUCCAAAUUGAAAUGAAUAGGUGGUUAUUUAUAUGUAUAUCAAUAAACAAUAGACUAGAUUUAUUAUUAAUACGUUAUUACUGUCCACAGCCAACUGCUACUCAAAGCACAUAGUUAGGGGUGGUUGCAUUUACCCUGUAGAGAGAUGUGCACGUUCAUGUGAUUUGUGCCGUGUGGUCAGGGGUUCACAGCUAAGAAUGCUCCAGGCUUCUCAAGAUGUUAAAACAUCCCUGGGGCAUUUGGCUCCUGGUCUUGGUACGUCCCUGCUCCGGUGUGUGAGCUCAUUUCCUCAUCUGUACAGUGGGGAAGACUGUGCUUUGGGCAGAAUAAGGAGGAAGUGAGGCCAUAUGUUAGCCAGCAGUUGUUGGAACUGAAGUCCACAGGAUUCUAGAGCAGCGUUUGCCCUCACCGGCAUGGGCUGCCCUGCACUUUGUGGGUCUAGAACAGACGGAGGGCCCAUAGGAAGCAAGCUGGGAAGGAAUGGGAGUGUUAACCAGUUUGGAAGAAAGCAGGAGAAUGGAGGUGAUAUUGACCAUUCUCCCAGCUCAACCUAGUUCCAUCCAUUUCCUGCACUGCUCCCCACCCCACCCACCAGGACAGGUGCAGGGACAACAUUAAACAUAUAUAACAACCAGUUUGAAACCAUGAAAACAGGCUUGUGGCAGAGGCUUGGAGCCCCCCACCCCCGUCUCAACAGGAAGCCGACAGCCGUGCUGGCCCCUUGAGUCACCACUGUGGGAGGCCACGGAGAGCCCACUCAUCGCGGGGUCCUGUGACAAAGGAAGGUAUGCCACCACCUUGACUGCGACCCUCACCAGGCCCGACAGUAGUCAGCUGCCGCUGUUUUCAGACGGACUCCAGGGGAGUCAGAAAAUUCUGCCAGGACGGGACAUCGGAUCGGAGUCCCAUCAGUCGAGGGAGGGGAACCUCGCCUGGCUGACAGUCCACUCCCAUCGGUCUCACCCCCGCCAGCAGUCGGUCCGCCCCCACCAGGGACACCUGAACCAGUAGGAAGGUGCCGUAGGUCCACGGCUCAAGGUCCAAGGCCCCAGUGGCAAUGCAGAUGCCGUUGCAGGAGACGGGUCCGCAGAGAAUAGGCCCCGAUGGGACCCUUUCUGCUACCAACGGUUCUCCACUACUGACCUCCUCGCCGGGAAACACCACACUCGCCCAACUCUGAGAGGCCGCAGGCGAUGAUCUUCUAGAGUCCAUAUUCCAGUCUCAGCGCCCUGCCUGGGUCAACGGUAAGCAGCUUCUGCGUCCCCUUUUCAACACAGAAGAGCACCGACGAAUUGUCACCGAAGCCAGAAGAUGGCUCCCGACUCAAGCACCAGAUGGACAACUAGACGUUGAGGCCUAGGCACGGGAGGCUGUGCCCGAAGAGGAACACAGAAGUGGGAAGGGCCAGACUAGAAAGAUACCGACUAGCCUCCCUCCAAGGGGUAAAAGCAGAGGCCAGACAGCCUACCAACGUGGCAAAAGUAUCUGAGGUGUGUCAAAAGCCGGAAGAGAGUCCGGCUGACUUCUGUGAAAAUUACGUGAAGCCUUCAGAGUUUACACUCCGUCGACCCAGAAGCCCUCAAAAACCAGCACAUGGUCACUGCUAUGGAUAGCCCCAUAGUGACAUUAGACAGAAGCUCCAAAAAUUGGAGGGAUUUGGUGGAAAGAACGCCACCGAACUAUUGGAAAUCGCCAACAAGGUUUUUGUAAAUUGGGGCCAAGCUGCCAGAAAGGAGGCGGACAGCAGAGUGAAACAAAAGGCAGCUCUCCUGGCCGCGGCCUUGGGGCGACCAUCCCCUGUGGAAGGGCACGGAAACCACAAGGGGCUCAAGAACAAAAACGAAGGGCGCCGCUGGGAUGGGGUCAACAUGUCUACUGCAAGGAAUGUGGACCCUGGAAAAAUGAAUGGCCCAGCCGCCCAAGAGGGAAACCAAAAGCUUCUACUCCGCCGAGAUGCUACCAACCAGAACCACCCGAGGCCGACCUGAUCGGUAUCCAGCUGGGCCCCCAUGAGCCCAUGGUCAAAAUGAAGGGGGGGGGGGGCAGACAAUAGACUUCAUGGUCGACACAGGGGCCGAACGCUCUGCGGUGACACACAGGGUGGCACCUCUGUCGGGUCGAGAAGUCACCAUCGUAGGAGCCACUGGGAUGCAAACCUGAAGGCCAUUUUGCCGUCCCUGACAGUGACCUGGGAGGUCACCAAGUAGUUCACGAAUUCCUGUAUCUACCUGACUGCGCACUGUCACUGUUAGGUAGAGACCUCCUAGACAAGAUGGGCGCACAAAUAGCCUUCACCUUGGAUGCACGGACACAACAGCACCUAAAUGAAAAGGCCCAACCCAUGGUUUUGUCCCUGACGAUUCCACGGGAAGAGGAAUGGAGAUUAUAUACUUCCCCUCCCGGGGAGCCAACUGUGGCCCCCGAGCUAGAAGCUGAAUCCCCUUCAGUUUGGGCAGAAGGAACCCCCCUCUCAUCUGCAAAAAACCACCCUCCCCAAUAUUAAUUGACCUAAAGCCUGGGGCCCAGCCUGUCAAAAUAUGCCCAUACGUGAUCUCCUGGGAGGCUCACCUGGGGAUCCAGACACUCUUGGACAGGCUACUCAAAUGGGGACUGGCAAAACGAUGCCAGUCCCCGUGGAAUACGCCCCUGCUGCCCGUGAAAAAGCCUGGGACAGAUGAUCACCGCCCUGUGCAGGACCUAAGAGCCGUAAAUGGAGCAGUCGUCAGGCUGCAUUCAGCAUUGCCCAACCCGUAUGCUCUGCUAGGACUCAUACCCUCUGAGGCAGGAUGUUUCACGUGUCUAGAUUUAAAGGACACCUUCUUCUGUCUCCAGCUAGCGCCUAAUAGCCAACCCCUAUUUGCCUUUGGAUGGGAAAACCCUACCACAGGAGCAAACGAACAAUUUGCUUGGACUAGACUGCCGCAAGGAUUAAAAAAUCCACCAGCCUUAUUCAGUGGGGCACUGGCAUCUGACUUAGCCAGGUUCCUGGGACGGGACCUAGGAUGUGUCCUCCUCCAGUACGUGGACAAUCUCCUGCCAGCCAGUCCCAGGCGGACCCAGUGCUGAGAGGGAACCAGGGCCCCACUCAGGCCGCUAGCAGAGGUGGGAUACCGGGUGUCCAAGAAAAAGGCACACAUUUGCCCGUAGGAAGUUAAAUAUUUGGGCUUCAAAAUUACUCAAGGCAAAUGGAUGCUGCGAGCGGAAAGGAAACAGGCAGUCUGUGCCAUCUGGUUCCCACUCCUUGCUAGCAGGUCCAAGAGUUCCUGGGAGCAGCAGGAUUCUGUUGGAUAUGGAUCCCAGGGUUCUCGGAGUUGGCCGGACCUCUCUAUGAGGCACCAAAGGGGGAAGAAAGGGCACCCCUUCUGGGGACCUCAUCAAGAAAAGGUAUUUCAAAACCAUAAAAACAAAACUCGCAGAGGCCCCGGCCCUAGGACUUCCAGAUGUAUCAUGAGAUUUCAGUCUGUUCGUACGUGAAAGCAGUGGGGUGGCCCUGGGGGUUCUUGCCCAGGACUUUGGAGCUUGACAAAGACCAGUGGCAUAUCUUUCAAAGCAGAUUAACUCAGCUGUGGGAGGACGGCCACCCUGUCUGAGGGCCCUGACAGCCACCGCACUUGUGAUCAAGGAAGCAGGCACACUCGUGUUGGGGCAAGACCUAAGCUCUGAGGUUCCCCGUGCUGUUAUUACCGUGAUAGAUGCCGGAGGGCAACACUGGCUAACACGUGCUCGGAUGACAGUAUCAGGGACCGCUGUGUGGUCCCACGAAUCAGAUCGGAAGCCGUAGAAACUAAACCCUGCCACUUUCUUGCCUGCAGCGGCAGGGCCCCCAGAGCAUGAUUGUCUAGGGGUCCUUGAUGGAGUCUUUUCCAGCCGACCUGACCUAUCAGACAGAGCCUUACAAAAUCCUAAUCUCACCCUGUACACCGACGGCAGCAGCUUCAUGGACGCAGAUUAUGCAGGAGUCUCUGAUUUCGAGGUCACAGAAGCAGAGGCCCUUCCACAAGGACGACCAGCUCAAAGAGCAGAACCGUGGGCCCUAAUGAGAGCACUAGAACUCAGGAAGGACAGACAGGCCAACAGACACGCUGACUUGCGCCAUGCCCUUGCCACUCUACCUGCACGUGGGGCCCUACACAAGGAGAACGGACUUUUGACCACAGGAGGGAAAGAAAGAAAAAAUUGGGAAGAAAUCCUAAAACUACUGAGGGCAGUCUGGGAACCGAGGGAGGUAGCAGUCAUCCACUGCAGGGGACACCAAAGGGGAAAGGACUCUGUGUCGGAAGGUAACUGACGGGCGGACGCCGCAGCUAAACAAGCAGCGGGAGAAUGAACGGCACCCUCGAAAAUCACGCUGGCCCCGGAGCUGCCGGCUUCCCUAAGGUACACGAUCCAAGAGACAAAAUGGGCACAGCAGGAAACAGGAGGCCAGACGGAAGGGUGGUGGGUACUUGCGGACCAAAGAGUCUGUGUGCUGGAGCCGCUAGCCCGCCAGGUGGUUCCCCAGCAGCCUGAGCUCCCCCACCUGGGAAGAACCGCCCUUAAAACCUUAUCGGGCUGUUACUAUGUAAUCGCUCGGCUCCCGUCCUUCUGUGCCUCGGUCUCUCAACGCUGCCUCCUCUGUGCUCAAAAUAACACCAGACAGGGCCCCACUGGACCCGUGGGAAUCCACUGCUGCGGUCAGGCACCCUUCAAAGAUUUGGAGGUAGGCUUUACCGAAAUGAGAACCGGCGGAGGAUACGAAUUUCUUCUAUUCAUCUGCACGUUUCCGGGCUGGGCGGAGGCCUACCCCACACGCACCGAAAAGGCAAGAGUAGUAACCAAGGCCUUGCUAAGGGAUAUCAUCCCCAGAUGUGGAAUGCCGUGAACCAUGGGCUCAGACAGGGGCCCGGCUUUUGUGGCCGAGGUGAUGCCUAAAGUAUCCCUGGGCAUCCGAUAGAAUUUACACGCAGCCUACCAGCCCGAGUUCAGAGAAAGUGGAACGUAUGGAACCAGAGCCUUAAAUCAGCCAUGGCAAAACUGCGUCAGGAAACUAAUUUGCCAGACGUACGACCUCUAUCUAGCUCUUCUCCAAAUACGCUGUACACCCCGGGCAAAAAUCGGAUCCUCCCCAUUCGAUGUCCUCUCUGGAAGAUCCCCUCCACUAGUCAAAUUCAAGUCAAAUUCAAGGGGGACCUGACAGAACUAGGGAAACAAGAAUUAAGGAAAACUAUUUGGGAUACAUACAUGGUGACGGACAGGAUACCUAUUUCCCGUGGAAUAGCUGUACAUCCCACAAACCUGGGGAUCCGGUUUGGAGUAAAGAUAAGAAAAGGAAGCCACUCAAACCUACCUGGAAGGAACCCUGUUUCGUUGUGCUAACCACGCCCACGGCCCUCAAGGUCGCAGGACUAACUGCCUGGAUCCACCAUUCUCGAGUAAAGGCGGCCCGCCCGUCGCCUGACAACCACUUGGGAUGGAAAGGAACUUCGCGAACCAGAACAGUCCUCUACAGACCACCCUUAAGAGCACAGCGCCGAUAAGCGGCCUGCAGCCGACCCCUGAGGGCUCUGUGCUCCGUGUUCAACGUGAGACUUGAACUCGGGACCGAGAUCAAGAGUCGCACGCUCUACAGACUGAGCCAGCCAGGCGCCCCAAACAUGCUAUUUUAAAGCGUCCCCAGCGUGCGGGCAGGGGCGGUCUCCGGUCUGCUCGCCGCUGUGUCUCCAGCACGCCCAGGUGUGAAAUGGCGUUGGUGUGCCACUUCGGGCUGAGCCCCGCCAGCCCCAGCCGCCACUCGUGCGAUGCGUCCGCAGCCCUCUCCGUCCUGCACAGCUCGCUGCAAAUCAUCGGUGGCCCUGCGAUGGUGUGACAGGCACCGGGUGGCAGGUCCCGCCCCACCUGUGACCUACAGCCUGGGGUGGCCAGACCGAGCCACUCACUCACUCGGGGGACUGGUCCAACGGCAUUCCACCUCCCGGGAUAAAACCUGGGGUGACCUGUGGGGAGCUCUGCACACAGCUCUCCCAGCCGCGCCCGCGCCCCCACCGGCCAUGGUGGUUUCCAGAAUUCCCCCGGCCCUGGGUGGAGGCUGUCUCAGGAUCCUAACCCCUCUUCUGCUUCUGGCUUCUGCAGCCUCCCUCCGUGCUGCCAGGAUACCUGCACCCCCAGCUUGUGGGAAGCCCCAGCGGCUGAACAGGAUCGUGGGCGGCGAGGACAGCACUGAUGCCGAGUGGCCCUGGGUCGUGAGCAUCCAGAAGAACGGAACCCACCACUGUGCAGGCUCCCUGCUCACCAGCCGCUGGGUGGUCACUGCUGCCCACUGCUUCAAGGGGUGUGCACGACCGGUCCCCUCCACUCGAUGCCCCAGCAACCUGAACAAGCCGUCCCAAUUCUCUGUGCUGCUGGGGGCCUGGCAGCUGGAGAACCCUGGCCCCAGGUCCCAGCAGGUGGGUAUCGCCUGGGUGCAGUCCCACCCCGUGUAUUCCUGGAAAGAGGGCUCCCGUGCAGACAUCGCCCUGGUGCGUCUGGAGCACGCCAUCCACUUCUCUGAGCGAAUCCUGCCCAUCUGCCUGCCUGACUCCUCCGUCCGUCUCCCUCCGAACACCCGCUGCUGGAUCGCAGGCUGGGGGAGUAUCCGUGAUGGAGUGCCCCUGCCCCACCCCCAGACCCUGCAGAAACUGGAGGUUCCCAUCAUAGACUCAGAAGUCUGCAGCCGCCUCUACUGGCGGGGCGCUGGGCAGGGAGCCAUCACCGAGGACAUGCUGUGUGCUGGCUAUCUGGAGGGGCGGCGGGACGCCUGUCUGGGUGACUCCGGGGGCCCCCUGAUGUGCCAGGUCGAGGGCACCUGGCUGCUGGCGGGCAUCAUCAGCUGGGGCGAGGGCUGUGCCGAGCGCAACCGGCCCGGCGUCUACAUCAGCCUGGCCGCCCACCGCUCCUGGGUGAUGAGAAUCGUGCAAGGGGUGCAGCUCCGCGGGCACUCACAGGGGAGGGGGCCCGCAGGGGAAGGCGCGUCCUCCCCGAGGGGCCCGCGUUAGGGACCCGGGGAGACGCGGCGGCCACGCCGUUGUAAGUAAGCCAUCCGCCUCCGGGGGGCGCCCGCGUGCCGGCACCGAGCGGCCUCGCAGCCCGCCCGCCAGCGCGAGCGCCUCUGUGUGUAUGUAUAUACAUGUUAAUAAUUUUUACAGUUAUUUGUACCCCGCCCUCAUAUCUUAUUUAUUCCUCCAAUUUCAAUAAAUUAUUUAUUCCCCCGUU